AUGAAGUUCGGUAAGAGCCUGAGCAGCCAGAUCGAGGAAACCUUGCCGGAAUGGCGGGACAAGUUCUUGUCCUACAAGGAGCUCAAGAAGUGCCUGAAGCUCAUCGAGCCCAAAGGCGGUGACAGGCCCACCAAGCGUCCCAGGAUUGAUGCCUCCGCUGAUUGUGCGGACGCCCACGGAGAUAAGGAGGGCAUGUCCACGGCGGAGAUCAAUUUCAUUCAGUUGUUGGAGGACGAGCUCGAGAAAUUUAACUCCUUCUUUGUAGAAAAGGAGGAAGAAUAUAUUAUUACCUUGAAGGAGAUACAAGACAGGGUGGCAAAAGCAAAGCAUUCCAAUGAAGAGAUUACUAAGAUUCGCAAGGAGAUAGUGGACUUCCAUGGAGAGAUGGUUUUGCUGGAGAAUUAUAGUGCCCUCAACUAUACAGGACUGGUAAAGAUACUCAAGAAGUACGAUAAAAGAACUGGUGCUCUUAUGCGCUUGCCCUUCAUUCAGAAGGUCUUGCAACAGCCUUUCUUCACCACCGACUUGCUCUACAAGCUCGUGAAGGAGUGUGAGAUUACGCUUGACCAGCUCUUUGCCAUGACUGAACAGCCCAUUCCAAAUGAAGGAUCUGAUGGGGAUGAAGGGUGUGAUCCUUCAACUUCUGCCACUACCACUACCGAGAGUGAUGGCAUUUCCAGAGUAAACAGGGGACUAGCAGAGAUCGAGUACAUUGAAAGCUUGUACAUGAAAAGUACUAUAUCGGCAUUGCGGGCUUUGAAGGAAAUUAGGAGUGGAAGCUCUACUGUUAGUGUCUUUUCGUUGCCGCCACUGCAAAUAAGUGAAUUCGAGGAUGAAUGGAAAAAAGUCCCUGUUCUGGAACAAGUUGCCAAGUAG